AUGUCGUCCUUCUAUACCGGCUGGGAGCCCGAGGGCCCCUCCGUCAAGACCGAGAUCCCCGGCCCCAAGGCGAAGGCGGCCAUUGCCGAGCUCGACAAGGUGUUCGACACACGAAGCUUGAACAUGCUCACCGACUACUCCAAGAGCGCCGGCAACUACAUCAGUGAUGCCGAUGGCAACGUGCUGCUGGAUGUCUACGCCCAGAUCGCCUCCAUCCCGCUCGGGUACAACAACCCUACGCUACACAAGGCCGCCCAGAGCGACGAGAUGAUCAAUGGCCUGAUCAACCGGCCGGCUCUGGGUAACUUCCCCCCAGCAGAGUGGGCCGAGAUCCUGAAGACCGGCAUCCUCAGGGUCGCCCCCAAGGGGCUCGACCAAGUCUUCACUGCCAUGGCUGGCUCCGACGCCAACGAGACCGCCUACAAGGCCGCCUUUAUGUGGCGCCGCCAGAAGGAAAGAGGCGGUCCCCAGGUGGAGUUCACCGAGGAGGAGAUGAACUCGGCCAUGGAGAACAAGUCUCCCGGGGCAUCACAGCUCUCCAUCCUGAGCUUCAAGACCGGCUUCCACGGCCGGCUCUUCGGCAGCCUCUCCACCACCCGCUCCAAGCCCAUCCACAAGCUCGACAUACCUGCUUUCGACUGGCCGCAGGCCACUUUCCCGCAACUCAAGCACCCGCUCGAGCAGCACGCCGCCGAGAAUGCCGCGAUCGAGCAGGCCGCGCUCGAGGAAGUCGAGCACCUCAUCCUCAACUACCACAUCCCGCCCGCCGCCGUCAUCGUGGAGCCGAUCCAGUCCGAAGGCGGCGACAACCACGCGUCGCCGGCCUUCUUCCGCGGCCUGCGCGACAUCACGCGCAAGCACGGCGUGCUGCUCAUCGUCGACGAGGUGCAGACGGGCGUGGGCGCGACGGGCCGCUUCUGGGCGCACGAGCACUGGGACCUGCCCCACCCGCCGGACAUGGUCACCUUCAGCAAGAAGGCGCAGACGGCGGGCUACUACUUUGGCAACCCGGAGCUGCGGCCCAACAAGCCGUAUCGCCAGUUCAACACGUGGAUGGGCGACCCGGCACGGGCGCUGCUGUUCCGCGCCAUCAUCGACGAGAUCGAGAGGCUGGAUCUGGUGAAGCACACGGCGCGCGUCGGCGACUAUCUGUUUGGCAAGCUGGAGGCGCUGGCGGAGAAGUACCCCGAGGACUUCCAGAACUUGAGGGGCAAGGGCAUGGGCACGUUCAUCGCGUUCGAUAACCCGCGCCGGGACGAGUUCCUGGCCAAGGCGAAGAAGGUCGGAAUCAAUAUCGGCGGGAGCGGGCAGCGUGCCGUGCGGCUGAGGCCGAUGCUCAUCUUCGAGGAGAAGCACGCCGAUAUCCUGUUGGAGGCGCUCGAGAAGAUUGUGACAUCCUGGUGA